AAUGAUGAAGGAAGUGUUUUCCUGGAGCUGAUUCCUACUCUCUCUCUCUCUCUCUCUCUCUCUCUCUCUCUCCGCCUUGCAAGUUGGAUUUGGAAUUGUUUUUCUUUUUGUCUUGCGAGCUCUUAAAAGUUUAUACAAACUACGAUCCCUCGUUAGGCCGUCAGCCCUUAAAAGUUUCAGUCUUUCUCACCCAAUUCACUCGUUUUGAUUAUUGAUGGAAUCAUGUUACAGUCACACUUAAUCCCUUAGAAACCCACAUGAGAGUUCUGAUUCUUCAAGACCCACAAGACUACUUAUGAUGGAGUCGGAGUUUCCUCAGGAAUUGCAAACACAAGCCUACGGAAUUCUGAGCUCCAACGAUGUUGAGCCAUUGGAGGCAUUCUUUUCUCACGUGUUUGGCUCCCAAGAACCCCAAAGGUCCCAAGCUUACACCUUUUUACAUUGUUGCAAAAAGCACUUCCCACAUUUGCUCUUCAAAAAACUCUUUUUUGUUAUUAGAUGUAGCCCUGUCUCUGACACUAGGUCCAGGUCUGCGCUUGUGCUUCGUUAUCUCAAAAUCUGUGACCUUUGGCCUACCUUGUCACUAAUUGCUCAAAAUUACAUGAAAUCCCACUUCCUUGUUUGUCUUCAAGAGGAAGUUUCAAUGCCCACUUUGAGACUACUUUGUGGCAUUGUGUCUGAAAUGGGCUCUGAGAUUUCCAAGGCUGGCAAUGAGUGGCCAGAGCUUAUGGAGUUUUUGUUGAAUUCUAUUCAAUCGGAUUAUGAGAAGUUACAACAAUCUGCAUUAUGGGUGUUGGCUUAUUUGCCAAAAGGGUUCCGUCCGGUUGUUUGUGAAGCUUUAGUUCCUAGCCUUGAACCUUUACACUCAGCAAUAUUACAAGCGUUGAGUUCCCCCAAUGCUGAUAUUCAGGUUUCUGCAUUUGGUGCUGUGGUCAGUUUGAUAGGUUUGUUUAUGAGUUCAAAGGGGCGGAACUGGUUUAAUGACCUUUUGAGAGCAAUGAUGGUGGGACUGUUUAACUUGUUGAGUCACUUGAAAGAAGAAUAUGCUCGUGGGGCUGUCAAUGAGUUAAUAAUGCUGGUCAUGGAUAAGCCACAAAUCUUGAAGCCUUACCUUAACCAUCUAGUACUCGACAUGCUUAAUGUGCUGGAGUGUAAAAAAGUGACAGAUGAAACGAAACUGUUUGUUGACAAGUUCUUGCUCGCAAUGUCAGAAGCCACGGAUUUGGCACCUAUGAUGAGAGAGCUACCUCAUGAAACAAUCUUUAGGCUGCUCACGACCUCAAUGCAACUGCUUCUCUCUAUAAAGGAUGACAAUGCAUGGUACAACACUGAAAGCGAGCAGGGUGAGAAUGAUGGAAAGAUGGAUGUAUACAAAUCUGGAAUUUUGUUCCUGAGGAAACUUUCAACUGCCUUAGGUGAAAAAAGAACACUUCCUAUAUGUUUUGAAUUGUUCUUGGGGCACAUGGAGGCUACCGAGUGGAAGGAACGUUAUGCAGGGAUUUCUUUGCUAGCAGUGAUUGCCGAGGAGUGCUCAGAUGAAAUGGUUAUGAGGAAAGGCUGUUUGGACCAAGUUAUUGCCAUUAUUUUGAAGUCAUUCAAUGAUCCUCAUCCUCGAGUUUGUUGGGCAGCUUUUAAUUUUAUGCAGCAGCCUACAAAUCUGGUCCAGACAAUGCAAAUUCUCUAUCAUUUGAAGAUUGUCUAUGCACUGGACGCUGCACUUGACCAACACCGGAACCCAACAGUCAAGGAACAAGUUGUCUCAGCUUUACAAUACUUGUUAAAGAAUGUUCCUUCAGAUAGCUUAAGAAUGCACACAGACUUGGAUGGUAUAUUGUGGAAGUUGCAGAAAGAACCACAGAAAACCGAUCAGAACGCGUUAGCUUUAAGGGAUCUGCAGCUAUAAGUACAAUGUGGAGAUACAAAUGAAAUGCUGCACUUUUUCUAGAGAUGAUAUGGAAAAGAUGGAAGAAAGAUAUGGUUGAAUUAGAAGAAAGAAAUUUGGAAUUUUGUUAAGAUAGAAUGAUGAUGAUUUGGAUGUAAUGGAAUAGAUGCUAUGUUACUCAUUC